GUGGUAUGAAAUGAAAACAACCCUGUUUCGUUCCUUGUUGAGGACUUGCAGUUUCAGAGUUACGAUUAAAACUGCCUCGUUAAUGGAUGUUUAGGACAAGACAUUGGAAAUAAAUAAUGGACACAACCUCUACAAACGCCACAACAAAAAACAAAUACAAAGGGCAUUACGUGGAAACAAAAUCAAGAAAAAAUGGACGUUAAAUGUGAAAAGAAAUACAAGAAGAAUUAGAAGUAAAGGAAAAUUUGGUAAAACAAGGGGAAUUAAAUAAUAAAAGCGGAACAGACAGACAGGGACAUGAAGACGACUUUAGCUUGCAUCGCGGAAGCGAUUUCUGUAAUCAGGCCAUGGAAAGGCAAGAAGAUAUGAAAGACAAAACAGAUUUUGAGGACUUGGGUUGUGGUAGCGACUUUUGUGUUUCAGACCAACAAGAAGAGACAGAAGAGUUGAAUUGUGGUAGUGACUUCCGAUUAACAAAAUCCUCGCCUGACGAUUCUGAUUUAAGUGUUUCACACAAGCUAAGAUGUACAACGCUUAAUACAGACGAAGCAACGCAGGCACUUUCAAGUCUUCAAAUAAGUGUAGACAAUUUUCUGGAAGAAACAACAGAUGCUCUUUUUCAAUAUAUACACAGUGCAGAUUUCAAGUCGAGGGUUCUCCAAGAUAUUGAAAUACACACGCGCUUUACAAUUGAAAGAGAACUUGAUAGUCGCAUAGAAAAAGCGACUCUUUUUUGGCAACAAGAAAACAUUCCAAGGAUAUUUACAAGCCAUAUAUCACAAACUCUUACAGAAAAUUUCAUUGAAAUUCACAAGUCCUUGCACAACAUUAAGGACAAUAUGAGAGGAUUUAAGUCUCCAUUUGACGUUGAAGACAAACUUGGUUCUGUUCUUCUCUCGUUGGUUGGUACGAGUGGUACCUCCGUCGCUGGAAGCGUGGCAAUGAUGUAUAUGUCUGUAAGUCCUAGGGCUAGACAGGCAUUGGCAGCGGCUGGAGUUGUAAGUGGUCUUGUCGUUACUGGAUUAGUCAUUGGCGUCUUUGAUGACUACGAAACUGUAUUGAAGAAUGCUUACAAAGCUAGAAUUAAUAAGUUAUCAAAGCCCAAAAAAAAGCAAACAUUGCGUAAAACAUACGAAGAAAGAUUUAUAAACAUUAUUCAAAGUUAUCGUGAGGGAUAUUGUUGAUUUGUCGAGAAAUGUUGAAACAACGCAGAGCAAGAUAAAAUAAUUAGUGUUUGAGAAACACUGAUGCUUGUGCGUGACAACUUAUACAUGCACAUAGUGAAGGCUAAACUUUCUCAAAAGCAAAUCAAAUGUACGUUUGUUGGUGCCCACAGUAAGGAUUUCUCACUAGAAAUACAAAUGUGAAAUAUGACGCCCUAGCACCUUAUGUGACCAUGGUUAAAGUUUUUUUCAGUGGGUCAAACUCCAUGGUUAAGGUUAAAGGGUUGUUGUUAUUAAAUGGAAAAUUUCA